AUGCCUUCUGCAAAGCUCGUUCUCCUCAUCGCACUUGUUGUGCUCUGCGCUUUUGUUGCUGAAUCCGAUGCUCAAUAUUACUAUUCGCCCUACUACAGCUAUGGCGGUUAUGGCGGUUAUGGAUACGGUUACAGUUACCCAUACUACGCAUUCGCUAUCUUAUACACAUUCUUGGCUACAUCCCAUGCCUUUUACAUCCCUCCACCCGUUCCACCUCCCUAUGGAUAUGAAGGAAUUCUCGGGCCAUUCGGACCAGAUCCGCUGAUACUGCCCCCACCAAUUCCAGUGGUACCUGUCCUAGUACCUGAUUACGAUUUCGGCUGUGAUUACGGUUGUGUUUACAAGAGAGAAGCCGGACUGAGAGAUGAAAACGAUGAUUUGGUGGAGGCUGCAAAAUCUGAGCCAGAACCUUAA